GCUCAACUCUUUAGAGUUUAGACGUCCCGUAGCAAAAUCGCAAUCUCGUAUUUCCUUCACCGGUAUCCAUGGACGUCUCCUGUUCUCUCUCCCCAACACACCAAAUCGCUCUCUCGUCGAAACCCUCUGCUACGGUCAACCUUUCCUGUCUCGGGUCGGCCUCCGUUCUCGGCUUCUCUCUGCCUCACCUAAGCUCCCCGCCGUCGAAUAGAUGUCGUCGGAGCCGGAGUUCCGGCGUCAUUAGAGCUUCUGUUGCCGUUGAACAUAAGACUCAGUCUGCUAUCAUCAGAAUUGGUACAAGGGGCAGCCCUCUAGCCCUUGCUCAGGCAUACGAGACACGGGACAAGCUCAAGUCAAUGCACCCAGAACUCACCGAAGAAGGGGCUAUUCACAUUGAGAUCAUAAAAACCACUGGUGAUAAGAUUCUAACUCAACCACUUGCAGAUAUUGGUGGGAAAGGGCUUUUCACCAAAGAAAUGGCCUUGAUAGAUGGUCGUAUCGAUAUCGCUGUCCACUCAAUGAAAGAUGUUCCGACUUACUUACCCGAUAAGACGAUUUUACCCUGUAACCUUGAGCGUGAGGAUGUCCGGGAUGCAUUUAUAUGUCUGAGCGCUGCUUCAUUAGCUGAGCUUCCUGCAGGAAGCAUUGUGGGAACUGCUUCUCUUAGAAGAAAGUCUCAGAUACUCUACAGAUAUCCUGCAUUAAAGGUUGAGGAAAACUUUAGGGGUAAUGUCCAAACGAGAUUGUCGAAGCUUCAAGGAGGAAAGGUCCAAGCUACUCUGUUAGCAUUAGCUGGGCUAAAGAGAUUGAAUAUGACAGAGAAUGUCACUUCGAUCUUAUCUAUAGAUGAAAUGCUCCCAGCAGUUGCUCAAGGUGCAAUUGGGAUUGCUUGCAGAAGCGACGAUGACAAAAUGGAGAAUUACUUGGCCUCAUUAAAUCACGAGGGAACAAGACUAGCAGUUGCAUGCGAGAGGGCGUUUCUGGAGACGUUAGAUGGAUCGUGCCGUACUCCCAUCGCUGGAUACGCGUCCCGGGACGAGGAUGGCAACUGCAUUUUCAAAGGGUUGGUUGCUUCUCCCGAUGGAAGACGAGUGCUGGAGACUUCAAGAAAAGGUCCGUAUGCCUACGAAGACAUGGUGAGGAUGGGGAAAGAGGCCGGACAGGAACUGCUUUCUCGUGCUGGUCCUGGAUUCUUCGGCAUCUAAAUCCAUUCAAAGAAGAUGAUGAAUCAUGACCACGGAUUGAGGCUUAGGAUUAGGGUUUUUGUUUUGGCUUCCUGAGGUCCUUCUCUUGAUUUUCAUCUUUGAUCUGUUGUAACUUUUAUUUAUUAAUCUUCAUUGAUUGUUGUUGUCUGUAAAACCAGUCUUAGGGAAGAAGAGUUGCAGA